CAGAGGGGAGAGUGGAGGAGGACCGACAGACAACAAAGUAACACGGCUGGUUCCCCUCCACCAUGGCAGAGGUCCAGGGUGGCUCUGCCCCAGGAGCGGUGGAGGUUUCUGGGGUGGACUGGCACAAGCGCUGUCUGGCUUUGGAGAUGCAGCUGCUGCGCUUCAGACUUCAGGCCGGGAAGAUCAGGGAGCUGCUGGCGGAGAAGAUGCAGGAGCUGGAACAGAGGGUAAUUGAAGCCGAUCAGAGGGCUGGCAAUGCAGAGAAACAGAUUCUCGUCAUGGAGGAAAAGAUCAAGUCUGCCAACAUCCAAACCAGCGAAUCAGAGAACUCCUUGUACAGAAAGCACCAGGAAUUGACCACCCAGCUUCAAGAAAAAGACACACUGAUAAAGCGAUUGGAAAGCCAGCUGGAAAAACAGAUUGUGGUCAGAGCUCAGGAGUCAAAGAUCAUCGAAGAAAAGGCGGCUAAGAUUAAAGACUGGGUCUCCAUGAAACUGCGAGAGAUGGAGCAGGAGAACCAACAGCUGAAAAUGGCCAAUCAGAAACAGUCAGAACAAAUAGUGCUACUUCAGGAUAAGCUCCAAGUUUUGUUGGAGAAGCCCCCCUCCUUGUUUGGGACCAGCUCCCCGGCGCUGGACACUCACCAGGUCCCUGUGAGUCCCCUGUUCCCCCCAUGCCGGCCUGGGUCUCCUCUGCCCCCGGACGAGGGCAGGAGGCAGGGAGGGCCAAGAGGAAAUAAUCCCCUCUACAAAACUACAAUCACAGAUCACAAAAGAUCCCCGGACCUUCUCACUAAAGGGAAAUCCUACAUUGACGCUUUCGGACCAGAGCUGCCCCUGAUUUUAGACGCUCCAUCUUCCGAUCGGGACAACUCCUCAGACGAACUCAGCUCCAAAUUCCGCUCUCACUGCCUCCACUCUUCCUCCUCCUCUUCCUCCUCAUCCUCGGCUUACGAAAUGGCGCACGAACCCAGCUCUCCUCUACCAAUCACGUCUCUACAAUCACAAACUUCCAUGUUGUCACGAUCUCCUUCCACCAGUAAUCCUUUUCCGAAUCAGUCCAGUAUGACGCUACCAAAAGUCCGAACUCCAGUAAUUCCCAGAGACAGUUUACAGCUAGUUAAAAAACAUUACAGCCAGCCGCAGCCCAGUCUAGAUAAACUACACCACCUUAAUGUAAAUAUAGACAUUACAAACCCAUCUUCAACUUCUUCUACACUGAAAAGUGCAGGGACCAGCACCUCUCUAUUCUCUCAGGUAGUGGAAGAGACGGAUAUAGAUGAUGGUUUGUUGGACAGUAUGGAGGGAGUGGAGGAGGAAGCAGGUCUGGAGGAAGUGUCCCAGGAUGGAGUCUCAUUCCUGGGACUGGCUGAAGAGCUGGAGAGGCUGGACCCAGAGGGGCUCAAACCGCCCACGCCACCGCUGCACAGGUUUCCAUCAUGGGAGAGCAGGAUUUACGCUGUGGCCAAGUCUGGGAUGAGAGUGUCAGAGGCCUCUGCAGGACCCAGAGGAAGAGGUCAGUGUUUACCUCAGUAUCCAGCUCCAGGCCCCUUCUCUCAGCUCAUCUACAAAAAAAUCAGUGUCCCAGUCUACACCACGCUCAAAGGGAAAGCCACAAAGAUCAGCAGUGUCCCUCUACCUGAUGAUGACUCUGGUUCAGAGGAUGACAACAGCUCUUUGGCUUCUUUGCGAACCUCCAUUUUGAAUCCAGACAAAAAGGGGAAUGUCCCAGGAAGCCCUCGCGCCGUCAAGAGAGGUGUUUCCAUGUCUUCAGUCAGCUCAGAAAGUGACUAUGCGAUUCCCCCAGACGCCUAUUCUCUGAACAGUGACUAUUCUGAACCUGAACACAAAGUACAAAGGACCUCAGCCUACUCCUGUGAAAGCACCGGACCAGAGACACUGGAGAAGUCGGGGUACCUGCUGAAGAUGGGUGCGCAAAUCAAGGCUUGGAAGCGACGCUGGUUUGUCCUCAGAAAUGGAGAGAUCCUUUACUACAAGUCUCCUAGUGAUGUCAUCAGGAAACCUCAGGGUCAGAUUGAGCUGAACUCUUCCUGUCGCAUCAUCAGAGGAGAGGGGUGUCAGACAUUUCAGCUGAUCACAGAGAAGAAGACUUUGUACCUGACCGCAGACUCUCCAAGCAUUCUGGAGGAGUGGAUCAGAGUCCUCCAGAACCUCCUGAAGGUCCAGACCUGCUCCUCUUUCAGUCUCCAGACCACAGCCAAGCCCAUGGCCCGAGGUUGGCUCACCAAGGUAAAACAUGGACACUCGAAGCUGGUGUGGUGCUCUUUAGUCAGAAAAGUCUUCUACUAUUAUCGCAACAAAGAAGAUAAGCUUCCCCUGGGUCAGCUGCAGAUCCGUGAUGCCUCAGUUCAGGAAGUGGACAGGUCAUGUGACUCUGAUGAAGAUUACGAGGCCGGAGGAAGAGGUUUCAUCUCGUCUCAUUGUACUCUAGUGAUCCAGCCUCCAGAGCAGAGCCCCACCUACCUGCUCAUAGGGACCAAACAGGAGAAGGACUCUUGGCUGUACCACCUGAGUGUGGCAGCAGGCAGCAGCGCCAACCUCCGAGUGGGCACUGAAUAUGAACAGCUCAUUGGGAAACUCCUGGACAUGGACGGAGACCCAGAAUCCCCUUGGUGGAGGAGUAGGACCCUGAGCUUCUGUCAAGACGGACUGAGAGUGCCGUUAACCACUCUGCCAUCGGAGGCACUACAGACAGAAGCUAUAAAACUAUUCAAGUCAUGUCAGUUGUUCAUAAACGUCCUGGUUGAGUCCCCCUCGGUGGACUACCACACGUCCUUGGCCCAGAAUGCAUUGCAGGUGUGUGUCACACACCCGGAGCUUCAGAACGAGAUGUACUGUCAGCUGAUCAAACAGACCAACCGCCGCACGCCGCACAACUACUCCCUCACACAGUGCUGGCAGCUGUUGUCUCUGUGUGUGGCUCUUUUCCUGCCUCAGCAUCACUUCCUCUGGUAUCUGAGACAGUACCUCCAGCUCCAGGCAGACCCACGGAGUGAGGUGGGUAAAUAUGCGGUGUAUUGUCAGAGAUCGGUGGAGAGAACUCUACAGAAUGGAGAGAGAGAGGCCAGACCUUCACGUAUGGAGAUUGUGUCCAUUCUUUUGAGGAACCCCUAUCACCACUCACUGCCCUUCAGUAUCCCUGUGCACUUCAUGAACAACACCUACCAGGUGGUGGGUUUUGAUGGCUCCACCACAGUGGAGGAGUUCUUAAACACUUUAAACCAGAGGAUCCAGAUGAGGAAGCCUCAGCUCACUGGGUUCUGUCUCUUCACUGAUGAUCCUUCAGGAAAAGACCUGGAGCACUGUCUCCAGCCCACAGCAAAGAUCUGUGAUGUGAUUUCCAAAUGGGAGCAGGCAUUAAAGGAGCUACAGCCAGGAAAGAAUGAAGCAACGCGCAUCGUCCGCUUAACUUAUAAAAACAGGUUGUGCUUCCGCUCUCAGGUGAAAGGAGAGACAGAGCGUGAGCGCCUCCUUCUGGCCUAUCAGGUGAAUGGUGAGGUUCAACAAGGACAUUUUCCUGUGAACAAGGAGCUGGCAAUGGAGGUGGCUGCACUCAUGGCGCAGGUUGAACAUGGGGAUCUAGAGCGCCCCCUGGUGUCUGCCUCUGGUUCUGCCCAGCCCAAGUCUCAGCUGAUUCUGAUUCAGGCUUUAGAGAAGUUUUAUCCCAAAAGAUACAGACAGGACCUCAGCGCAGAUCAACUCAGAGACCUGUUGGAGCGUUUUCUUUGUAAGUGGGCAUUGCUUCGUGGUUGCAGUAGUAGUUCUGAGUGUGUGAGGAUUUAUCUCACUGUGGCCAGAAAGUGGCCGCUGUUCGGUGCCAAACUCUUCUCUGCAAAGCCUGUUCCUCCGUGUUCACUGGAGCAGACUCAGGUUUGGCUGGCAGUCAGUGAGGAUGGCCUGUGUGUUCUUGACUUGACAAUGCACCUCCUGGUGACGUACCCGUACCAGUGCGUGGUGACGUUUGGGGGCUGCAGGGAGGACUUUGUGUUGGUGACGACGCAGCAGAAGGAACCUGGAGCUGGGAAGAAGAGUGUGGAGAAACUGGUAUUUACUAUGGCCAAACCAAAGAUUUUGGAGCUAACAUUACUAAUGGCUAGCUACAUAAACCACUGGAGUCCCGGCGUUUCCUCCUCCCCCCAUGAGAGCCCCGCCCACUGGGACACAGACAGCCCCCACUUCCCCUCCAUGAACUAUACGACCAAGGGACCCACGCUACUGUGA